CAAUAAUAGAAAAGUUUUGUUUGGUGUUAUCUUGACAAUUUUUAGAUUUUUACCCGUAGAAUCACUUUUACAACACAAAUACCCAUAAUUUGUCGUUUCCUUCCUAAUGAAUCCAUGUUUAUCCUCUACUUACUAACCCCUCCCAAACAACAACAAAAACAAAAUUUAAUUUAAUAACCAUAAAAAGCAACUAUAAUUUAAUAUUUCAAUUAUUUAAGUAUUUUAGCCAAUUUAAAAAAGCAGAAAAAAGAAACCACAACAGAAGUACUAAGAAAUAAACGUCCUGAACUUUCAGACUUUGUUGUCACUAAAAACAUCAGCAAAUCUUUAAUCUUAAUCGCUGCAUUGGCACUUAAUUGUUUGAUCCGUGAAAAAGGAAUUUUUGCUUCAUGAUCGCCUCGCUUGUCAGCAUCCAUUUUUUUUUUUUUUUCACGUACGAAAGUUGAAGAAGAAGCUACCAAGAAGCCACCUUUCUUGUUUUCUCGAAGGUAACCGCCAGAAUUCCCGCGCUUCUCUUCUCUUCUCUUCUCUGUCUCGUUCUCUGUUAACUUUUAUCUUUCUAUAACUUGCCUUUUUAAUCGUCAUCAAAGAUUGUAGCUUUACACUAUCACAAACAAAGAAUUAUGGUAGUACCCAAUUCCCAAUUUCGUGGGGUUUUUAAUGGGAUUUCUUUUUCUGUGUUUCUUUUCUUAUUGCUUAAUCAAUGGAAUUCUCUUCAGAAUCCAUUUCCUGUGAACUCCCAUUUGAGUUUUGGCUUGAGAGGCAGGAGAGUUUUUGAAAUUAAUGAUCCUGCUGUUUAUGUUAACGAUACAAGUGUAAUUCCACACCAUGAUCCUAAAUUAUGUUCUGGGUUGUUUGAGCAUAAGGAUUUUGGAAAUCCUUGUGAGUAUUUAAUUGCUCAUCCUGAGUGCACUUCUGAUGGUUUUUUCAAUUAUAUUAGGUUUUUCUAUUGUGAUUGCAAAAAGUUCACAUUUUUGGCAUACAUUGUGUUGGGUAUAUGGCUAGUUGCUCUUUUUUAUUUACUGGGAAAUACUGCUGCCGAUUACUUCUGUUGUUCCUUAGAGAAGUUAUCAAAUCUUCUCAAGCUGCCACCUACUGUUGCUGGCGUUUCUUUGCUUCCAUUAGGGAAUGGAGCUCCUGAUGUUUUUGCUAGUAUUGCUGCUUUUGUUGGCAAGGACGCGGGUGAAGUGGGGCUUAAUAGUGUGUUGGGUGGAGCUGUUUUUAUUACUUGUGUUGUUGUUGGUGUUAUCUCGCUUUCUGUGUCAAAAAGGAGGAUUCAGAUUGAUAAGAUAUCUUUUGUUAGAGAUUCUUGCUUCUUCCUGUUCACCAUCGGGUCACUUGGCAUAGUUUUGAUUGUUGGAAACGUCACUGUUGGUGGUGCAAUUGCAUUUGUUUCAAUUUAUUUAGUUUAUGCAUUUGCUGUUGCUGCCAACGAGAUUCUGAGAAAAUAUACUUGGACCUUGAGAUUAGAUGCUGUAACACCAUUGCUUCCUGUUACUGAAUUUUCUAAUGAAAAUAACGAAGAUGAAUCUGCUUAUGCCCCAUUGCUCGAGUCUGACUCAAAAAGUGAUGUGCCCCUACUCCAAAGUAAGCUUCCACAUUGGAUGUGGACUUCACAAGUGGCGAUUUAUUCAAAUGAAGUUUCCAAGGAGAGUCCAGAUAGCCCAAAUAACCAGUGGGGUUGGAAUGAGGAGGAAACAGUGAAAGGCAACUCUCUGAGGUCCUGUUUGAAAUUGUUUUACCUUCUGGAAAUGCCAUUGACAAUUCUGAGAAGACUGACAAUUCCUAUAAUUGAGGAGGAGCGAUGGUCAAAAGGAUAUGCAGUUGGAAGUGCCACAUUGGCACCAAUUCUUCUGGCACUGUUGUGGAAUACUCGAGAAAAUGUUGGUAUACUGAAUCGAGAAAUUUCAUACCUCGUUGGUGUUGCUUGUGGUGGUGUCCUUGGCGUUCUUGCAUAUUUUUACACCAGUGCUAAUGACCCGCCUCGGAAGUUUCUAUUUCCAUGGGUUUUUGGUGGGUUCUUUAUGAGCAUUAUUUGGUUCUACAUGAUUGCAAAUGAGCUUGUUGCUUUGCUUGUAGGAUUAGGUGUAAUAUUUGGAAUCAACCCAUCGCUCCUUGCUUUAACAGUAUUGGCGUGGGGAAAUUCAAUGGGUGAUUUGAUGUCAAAUAUUGCAUUGGCGAUGCAUGGUGGCGAUAGUGUGCAGAUUGCCAUGUCAGGGUGCUAUGCUGGCCCUAUGUUCAACACGCUUGUUGGGCUGGGACUCUCAAUGCUGCUUGGAGCCUGGUCUAGUAAACCCGAAUCGUAUAUAGUACCUGAAGAUAAUAGUUUGUUUUAUACAAUGGGAUUUCUUGUAUCAGGCCUUGUUUGGUCACUCAUAGUGUUACCACGGAAUGAUAUGCGCCCUAACAAGAUGUUAGGAAUUGGACUCAUUACAAACUACUUAAUGUUUCUAAUUUUCAGGGUGGGCACAUAUAGGGGUGGUAUGACAGUGGUAGGCUAGGAUUGUACAAAUUUUUGUAUUCUGAAGUGCUAAAUUUUGAUCUUUGCCCAGUUCAUCCCUUAUUUAUGUAUUGAUGAGCUGUCUGUAAUAUCUUGUAUAGCAUUCAAUCAGGACGGCAAUGUCAAUGUCAGGAGCAGCAUCUCCUGAUAAUAUCAAAGGUAGUAAGAAUGUAUAUCACGGUUUCAUGUUAAAAGAAAAAUGCUGCUUCAGCAAUUGUAUUUAUUUGUUCGAUUGAUUAUGCUUCUUGCGUAUGGCGAUGAGUCCAGUUUGAACAUCGUGAUUCUUGCAGUGCUAAUUUUGACAUUGUGCUCAAGGAAUUUGUUUCCAUGUUUCCAGGCUUCACUUAUCAAAAUGGUUGCAAAGUUAAGCAUAAGCAACUUGUGCUGAUUGAUCCUUUAUUGCUCUGUUCUGUCUAAUUCAUACAUUGAUCUCAACAGGCAUGCUGGUGUGGAAUAUAUAUUUGCCUUUACCCUUGGGUGGUGAGGCACAUGCUGGAACUCUUGAUCUUCUUUUUUUCUUUUUUUUUUUCCCACUAAUCUUAUUUCAGCUCAUUGUAGUGUAUGGAUGCUGUUUGUAUUUGAAGCAUAAAAAAGAAGGAAUGGCGGUAUUAUUUUCUGUCAUUUACUUUGAUUUGUUUUCUUGGGUAAAGUUCUCUUUACUAGACUCGAGAAAACAACUGAAAUAAUCGCUAGUUCCCCACUUGGACAGUGUCCAUAUCUUUAUCGUUAGAGCCAUCUCUGGAUGCUUCCUGCCUGCUCAAUCCUAUUUACUUCUACUCCUGUCUGAAAAAUAUACUGAAUCUUCCCUCUUUUUUUUCUUUUCUUUUUCAUUGUUUAGAAUUGAUGAUGAUUAAGUAAAACAUUCUAUUUUUCUUCACUAAUAUAAAAUGAGAAUCUUGUGAUGAUAUUAUCUUUUAGGUGUAGGUGUAACUAAUUAUCAUCUUAUUGAAAAAAAGAAGUAUAAUGGAUAAAAGAAAAGCAAAUACAUAUACAGAUGCUUUUUAAUUGACAUACAGUAUUAUUAUAUUAUUCAAUUUUUAUCCACAAAGCCAAAAACAACCACCAAGACCCUUUCUUUCUUUCUUUUUCUUCUCUUUCCCUUUGAACUUCCCUUCCAUUUCAAGCUCCAUCUACCAUUCUUUCUCAUCCCAUCCGUACCCACCUGAUUAAACCUCAUUAACGCAAAUUAUUUCUCUCGCUAAUCAAAAGGCCAGAGAAGAAGAUGAUGCAUAUGACCUUAUACUGGGGCAUAAAGGUAACGCUUUUAUUCGAUUCUUGGAAAACUGAUUCAUGGCCUAGCUAUCUCCUCUCUUUACUCGCUUGUUUCCUCUUCUCAUCCUUCUACCAGUACAUGGAAGAUCGUCGCAUCAAAUUCAAAUCCCUCGCCGCCGCCUCCGCCGCGACUUCGCAGCCAUCAUCGGUUACCGUUCCCCUUUUGCGCUCCUCUAAACUAGGCCGCUUCAGUUCGGCAAAAUUCGCUGCCGCUAUUCUUUUUGGAUUUAACUCUGCGAUUGGGUAUCUACUGAUGCUAGCUAUUAUGUCUUUUAACGGCGGUGUUUUCUUGGCUACCGUUGCUGGUUUAUCUGUUGGUUAUUUGGUUUUCAGAAGCGAAGAUGAGCAAGUUGUGGUUAUUGAGGAUCCAUGCGCAUGUGCUUAAUAAGGGGUUCUUGGUCUGCGAUUAUUGUUGUUUUUACAUAAUUAAUUCCUGUUUUUAGAUCUGGAUUCUGAUUUUCCUUUUUUCCUUGAAAUUUCUCUUCUUAGAGGUUCUGCUACAAUACAGCUUGUGAAAUGUAAUUUGUCCGCAUACUUGACCAGUUUUCUCUCUCUUUUAAACGAACAUGUUGUAUGUUUUCUUUUUGUUUUUGUUUAAACCCUAUUUUGAAAUAAAACGACUGUGAAAUGGAUCUGUCGCCUGU